UCAAAUGAGAUUAAUACCAUUUCCAAAUAAAAACAGUUGAAAUGAAGGUAUUGUGUUGAUAAAUUAUCGUAUUGAAACGGUUCGCCCCCCAAUUUAUUAUCAAUUAGAAAUUAUAAAAAUUUUCAAAUAUGAAUCGUCAACCUCCGAUGUACGGAGCUAUAGAUCCCGCACCUCAAGUUGUUUUCAGUGACGAACGUAUAGUAGAAUUCAAUAACGUUACAGAAAGUGUCGCUACAAACAUCGAUACAAUAAAUUCCGGAAUAAAAACACUCGAAAACGCUUCAAACGUAAUCGGUACGUCAAAAGACAACCGCGGUCUUCGUAAUCAAAUACAUGUUACACAGCUAAGUACCAAUAGAAUAGCGUCUGUUAGUACUGAGCAAAUUAAAAAGUUGAAAUUACUAGUAGCUAAAGGUGAUAAAUCUAGAAAACUCCAAGUGGAUAGAUUGGAGGAAAGUUUUAAGGAAGCUGUUAAAAGAUAUUCUGAUUUACAAAAGAAAGUUGCUAAUAAACAAAAGUCUUAUCUACUGGUACCGGAAACCGUUGAAGACGGAGAAGUAGACGAGAAUGAAGACGACGAAAAACAACUUCAAGCGAGAAAAACGAGAGAAUUGGCUUUCGAGCAAGAAUUUAUCGAAGAAAGAGAAAGAAGAAUCAAGCAAAUAGAAUCUGAUCUUCUGGAUAUUAACCAGAUAACGAGAGAAUUGUCUUCGGUGGUGCUAAGUCAGAGGGACGCUAUAGAUGAUAUCGAAAGAAAUAUUGAUAGUACCGGUGUGAAUGUUGAAUAUGGGGCGAAGGAAGUAGCGAGUGCUGCGAGAUAUCAAAAUAGAAGUAGAAAAAAGUUGGUGAUUCUUGUUGGGAUCGCUCUAGUAUGCGCCGUCGUUUUAAUCAUUAUUUUAGCAGUAGAAUUGAAAAAAUGAGAUUUUUAUUACAAAAUAAUCAAGUAUUUAUCGAUAUUAUAUAUAACAAAUUACAUUUUAUACAUAUUGGAUUGUAUAAUAUUAUUUUUUAAGUAUAUUAAACUAUAAUUUACGAAAA